AUGUCCCCUGCGUCACGCGAACCCCAUCACACCCUCCCUCCGGCGUCACGCGAGCCCUCUCUCAUCCUAACCCCCAUCUCGUCCUCGUCCUCGUCCUCGCCACAGGAGACACGUUUCUACCACCAACUGCUAAGUACCUGCCGCACCCGUCCCAUUCCUUCUAUGCCCCCCAGAGCAUUCCAGAGGCCCCGCACGUGGGGCACCCGCUUUGAUUCCCUCACUUCCGCCUCCCCGCCGCUCACCCCCCCAAAACAACCCAUCUCCCACCACCCAUCUACCCCCUCCUUUGGCCACUCGCCCACGCCUGGCAACGCCCCUAGCCCUGACGUGAGAAAAAGGGACGACAAGAUGCCCCACGACGCCAGCGUCUUCGUCGGCAGCCUGCCGUCCAACAUUGAUCACCAGGAACUCACCCGUCUUCUGUCGGAACAUCUCUCUGCACACGCGGAAGUGAAAAGCAUCAAAGUCGUUCGCGAUGCAAAAGGCGGUGUUUGCGCGUUUGUUCAGUGUGAGGACGCUGCGUCUGCCACCCGCCUCAUUGACAUUCUUCGCUCCCAGCCGUCCCAGCCGUUCAUGGGGCGAUACCUGCGCUACGAGCCAGCUCGUGCUUUGAGGACUUUGUUGAUCUCAUAUCGAUCUUCAGAAGGAGAUAUUGUCUUCCCUACCUUGUCUGCGCAGGUCGCUCCCGCCAAAGCUCGCAUUGCUGGCUUGUCUUCGCCUCGCAAAUCGCAAGGUGUGCAGGUAAACUCUGUAUCUACUCCAUCGAUCAGGCACAACAUCAUCGACGGAGGCUCAACCACCUCAGAGUCAGCGCAGUCUCUCAUUUCUCCUGAUACUCCAGGAUUCAUGCUUCCACCGACUCCUGACAGUGGGAGUGACGGUGGCGAUCCAGCGGUACAGGCAUCUUGCUCACGCACGGAUGAUGGAGCGACUGAGGAGGGCAUGUCCGAACAAUAUCAUAAUGUAAUUUUCGACAAGACUGUACGCGAUCUAGAUCCGACCACGAUCUUUGUCGGUGGAUUAGAGAUGGACGGUCCGUAUGCAUGGGACGAAAACAAGGUUAUGGGUGUGUUUGGAAAAUAUGGAGAGGUGGUGGACGUCAAGGUAGUGAAGCCAGUGAAUAAGAGGUCGGCUUUCGCUUUCGUCAAAUUCAGUAAUACGGAUGCGCCGGCUCGAGCGGUUGCUCAAGAGCACAAUGGUAUGCACAACGGUCGCCAAAUUCGUGUUCAGCUUCGAAACAGCAAUCCCCACCAGCGUAGUCCGUGGAAGUUUGCUGGACGAGGGAGGGGCAAAGGGUUCCCUCAUCGCUUCCCUAUGGAACGGCCUGAUUUCAACUUCCCGAACGGAGGUAUGGAAGGCCAUCAGCCUCUGAUCAUAGAUAACAUGCAUCAGGAUCAACCGUCUCAUACGAUGAGCGGGUAUCGCGGCGAGAUGCCAAGCGGUGCCACUAGCUCAUCGUCUGCCGUCAGCAGCAGUUACGGCGGGAACAUCGAACCAAGCUCUUAUGUCCCGUCAAACGCCCACACGCCAGACUCGUCGACUGUUCCUCCUCACGUCUCAAGCCAUCUUCCCUCUGGAAUCGAUUCUGCCCCACUCCCAACAGCCUUUGGUCCAUGCGUUCCUUCUGGACCUGAAAUGACCGCACCCAUCAUGGGGUAUCCUGCGAUGUCUGGUGUCGGAUACUAUCCUCCCCAGCCAUGGUAUCCGCACCCUUACCAGUAUCCGUUGCAUGUCGCGCCUGGAUAUCACCCUCGAUUUCCGGUCCCGGUACCGCAGACCACGCAAUCCGGUGCUGAGAAUGGGGGACCGAUUACCACGAUGGGUGGAGUCUAUCACCCUUUCGCACAUUACCCACAAUACCCCGUCGUCGUCCAAGAACCAGUCAAGGACAGCCAUCCAGCACAGCCUGACAUGCAGCCAUCGCAACCUCCAUUAUUGCCCACGGGCUUUAUACAAGGCGAGGAGGGUUUGGUCCCGCUUUAUCCGCGAGAAGCUUUGGAUCAAUAUAUGAACAGCUCGAGCAGUCAAAAUCAGCCCGUGCCGCCUCGAGCCCGCCAGGAAGGGAUGCGUCGAAGCAUGGCCAUGCCCGUCGGAGCUUGGGGACAGUUUCCUUACCCUCCGCCAUUUUAUCCCAAUCAAGGGUAUGGCACGCCGGCGAUGGUCCGUGGCCAACCUCUUCCGAGUCCGGGAACAAUGCCAUAUGGACCUUCAUGGUUCCACAAUCCUGCUUUCGCGAUGCCUCACGCUGGCCAUGUUCACCCUCCGGCUUAUCCCUCCAUACAGCCUCCUCCGGGAGCAGCACCGGGCGGCUUUGGGAGUCCUUAUCAACCGCAUGCGCCCCAAGCAUCGACCAGUGGUUCGACUGCAUGGGAGAAUAGUCCCUCUCCUAUGAAGCGCUAUCCUCGGAGAGAUCGCACAGCCUUUCCUGGUCAGAUGGCCCAACACAAUUCCGGAAAUUUUGCUCAUUUUCAUUUUCGGAACGUGUACGCACGGAACUCGCCUAGCUCAUCAAGUCGACCCGUACACGGUGGUGGGGUGGUAUCCAUGAACAAUAUCGUGGAUUACUCUGGUGUUGUUGACGGAGAAUCUCAACCAGAGGGUAUCACCCAUCGAGGUGUCAAGGCUAGUGCUUCCGCACCUGCGCAAUUCAAAUACGGUAGCGGGAGACGACCCUCCAUUGACCACCCAUCAUCUGGAUCGCAAUACCAGGCGGAGUGUGCUCGGGGCUAACGAGUCAUGGUGUCCUAACUUGACGUCCUCUUGACUCUGAACUCCGCGGACUUUCCUAUUCCAUUUUUGCUCGUUUACAUGUGUCACGGAACAAAUAACCUUUUUUUCUAUCCCUGAAACCCCCUCAAAAACGAUAGUCUCACCGCAUUCUGGAGUCUUAUUCUAUGGGCUAUGCAUUCUUCCCCCUCGUCUGUCUGUCUCAAAACAUUGUAACAUACCCACUACUGCCGACGCUCCUUGCAUUGACAUGGCCUGUGUACGUUCACAUUUCGACCUUCCACCAUUUC